UCAGCACGAUUGUUGUGGAGAUGGAAAUAAUAUUCAUUUACAUUAGUUAUACCGUGAAGAGUGGAAUAUGGCUGAAAAUUACGCUGCUGUGCUCUAUGGACCCAACGACCUUAGGGUGGAAAAAUGGCCGAUGCCGGAGAUCAACGAUUAUGAAGUGCUGGUGAAGAUGACCAGCGUUGGCAUUUGCGGCUCCGAUGUCAAGCUGUACUCCUCGGGCCGCUGCGGCGCGGUGCAGGUGGCCAGUCCCAUAGUCAUCGGCCACGAGGGCGCGGGUUACGUUGUCAAGGUGGGCUCCAAAGUGUCGGACCUGAAGGUGGGCGACCGCGUGGCCAUCGAGCCGACGCAACCGUGCCGCGCGUGCGAGCACUGCCGGCUGGGCCGCUACAACGUGUGCGCGCGGCCCGGCUACUGCUCUACGCCCGCCGCCCCCGGCAACCUCAGCCGGUACUACAAGCACGUCGCCGACUUCUGCCACAAGAUCCCCGCCAACCUAUCAAUGGACGAAGGCGCGGCGGUGCAGCCGUUAGCCAUAGCGGUGCACGCGUGCCGGCGCGCCGGGAUAUCGCUCGGGCACAGCGUGGUCGUGCUGGGCGCCGGGCCCGUCGGCGUGCUGUGCGCGAUGACGGCGCGCGCUAUGGGCGCUACCAACAUUCUUAUCACUGACACUGUCGAGUCUCGCCUCGACACAGCAAAGGAGAUGGGGGUAAACCACGCCCUGUUAGUGAAGCCCGAAGAACCGGACCAAGACGUCGUGGAUCGUAUUACGUUAACGUUGGGUGCGCAGCCGCAUGUCACUAUUGACGCGUGCGCGUUUCCUUCUGCGCAGAGGGUCUCUUUGAUGGUGACUCGCACGGGCGGCACGGUUCUGGUGGUGGGCAUCGGCGAGCCCACGUCGCAGGUGCCUCUAACCGCUGCCUUGCUGCGAGAGGUCGAUGUGCGAGGCUCCAACCGCAUCGCCAACACAUACCCAGCGGCACUAGCGGCCGUGUCGAGCGGCGCCAUCGACCUGAAGCGGUUCAUCUCGCACCACAUGCCGCUGGAGCGCGCCAAAGAAGCGCUUGAACUGGCCAAGAGCGGGCAGGCCAUGAAGAUCAUCAUACACCCGCAUGAUUAACCCCCUCGGUCAUCAAUAUGCACUUCGCAAAAUGAGCAUCGUGAUCAUCAUUUCAGUCAUAGCACGUCCACUGCAGAACAUAUAGACUAAGAGCUAGUGAACGCCAGACCUACGUCAUUUUAUAAAAGCUGAAAGUUUGUCAGCGUAUACUCUCAAUAUAAGUUAGAAUGUUGGUGAAUCAUGAAGUUUGGGUCAUUGUGGCUUUGGCAGCUACCCUAAAAAAAUGUCUGGCUAGGAGUUCAAACUGUCAAAACUAUCUGGCUGAUGUGGAAACAACUUCUAAUCAUUGCCCAAAUUAUUAUACAUCGCCUUCCUGCUACUUAUGAGAUUCUGGAGUGGAGGCCACGUACCAGAAAGCGCAGCGUAGUACAUUCACCGUGGAGCGACAACCUCGUUAAAUGAGCACUCACUCAAAAUGUGUGUGAAAUUACUACGAAAAAGUAUAUUUUGAAUCGAAUGCUCAUUUUGCGAAGUGCACAUUCUGCGUCAAAUUCAUCAAAACCUGCCGAGGGUGAAUUGAAAUAGAUAGAAAGGUCCCGUAUACUUAAUAUCGGUAUAUCCCUUUGCUUUAUUCUCCCAGCUGUUUUGUUGACCACAUGAUAUUUCAUCUUACAAAACGGGUAUGUUAAUAAAUGAAGUACAGUUUGAGAAGAAUUGCUUUAUUAAUAUUUACAGGUAAUAUCAAUUAUCACAUUUAUUUUAAUAAAUUUAUUAAUUUAAUUUAAUAAAUUGGUUUGAAUUAAUUUAGAUAAUUUCAUGUUGGAUUAUUAUUGGGGAGAUAAAUGAAAGUUUCCGAGUUUCUUUCGAGAUUGAUAUUAUCAGUAAAACAUCAGUAUUUAAAUUCGAUUCAAUAAAUAAAAAGUUAUAGAGAAUUACA